UGUGUUGGCAAGCCUUUUACCCACGAAUGGAUGUCAGAGUGCAUGGUGUAAGUUUUGUGAACACGUUUUUCGAGUGAGUGUAUUGUAUAGUGUGUGUAGGGUUUGUGGGUCAGUGUUAAAUUGUAGGCACAACUGUGUGCAGGAAGUGAAAAUCGAUACGGGACAUUCUGUGAACAAAUAUGCCAAGAAGCAAAGCUACAGAAGAAACUGACAAACUUACAAGAAUUGCUAUUGUAACAGCUGAUAAGUGUAAGCCUAAACGCUGUCGUCAAGAAUGCAAGAAGUCGUGUCCUGUUGUGCGAAUGGGGAAAUUAUGUAUUGAGGUGACAUCCAAUGACAAAAUUGCAUCAAUUUCUGAAGAAUUAUGUAUUGGGUGUGGAAUCUGUGUAAAGAAAUGCCCAUUUGAGGCUAUCAACAUCAUUAAUUUGCCAAGUAACUUAGAAAAGGACACAACACAUCGUUACUCUCAGAAUUCCUUCAAGUUACACAGACUUCCAAUUCCUCGCCCAGGAGAAGUUCUUGGAUUAGUGGGUACAAAUGGAAUCGGGAAAUCAACAGCAUUAAAAAUAUUGGCUGGAAAACAGAAACCAAACUUGGGACGGUACUCAGAUCCACCUGACUGGACUGAGAUACUGAAUCAUUUUAGAGGUUCAGAAUUACAGAAUUACUUCACAAAAAUUCUAGAAGAUCAUUUGAAGGCACUUAUUAAACCUCAGUAUGUUGAUCAGAUACCAAAAGCAGUUAAAGGCACAGUAGAUGAACUACUAAAUAAAAAAGAUGAUCGAGGAAACCAGGCAGAGAUAUGCAACUUCUUAGAUUUGAAUAACAUACGAACCAGGGCAAUUGAUGCACUUUCUGGAGGGGAGCUUCAGCGAUUUGCGUGUGCCAUGGUGUGCAUACAGAAAGGUGAUAUAUUUAUGUUUGAUGAGCCAUCUAGUUACUUGGAUGUAAAACAGCGCUUGAAUGCUGCUGUUACAAUACGCUCUCUUAUGCAUCCUGAUAAAUUCAUAAUUGUUGUGGAGCACGACCUGUCAGUCCUGGAUUAUCUAUCUGACUUCAUUUGUUGUUUGUAUGGUGUGCCAGGAGCAUAUGGUGUGGUUACAAUGCCAUUUUCGGUGAGGGAAGGAAUAAAUAUUUUCCUUGAUGGUUUUGUGCCAACGGAGAACUUACGUUUUCGGGAUGAGUCACUUGUCUUCAAAGUGGCAGAAUCUGCAACAGAGGAGGAAGUUAAACGGAUGAACCAUUAUGAAUAUCCACCAAUGUAUAUGAGAAUGGGAAACUUUCAUUUAAGUAUUGAAGGAGGGCAAUUCUCAGAUUCAGAAAUUCUAGUGCUACUUGGGGAGAAUGGAACUGGUAAAACUACAUUUAUCAGGUUGUUGGCAGGAAAGCUUCAGCCUGAUAAUGGUUCAGGUUCAGUGCCCCAGCUACAUAUAAGUUACAAACCUCAAAAAAUCAGUCCAAAAUCACAGGGAAUUGUUCGUCAACUUCUUCAUGAAAAAAUAAGAGAUUCAUACGUUCACCCACAGUUUGUGACUGACGUCAUGAAGCCUUUGAGAAUGGAUGAUAUAAUGGAUCAGGAAGUUCAGAACUUGUCGGGAGGAGAACUGCAGCGUGUUGCUCUAGCACUUUGUCUUGGUAAACCUGCUGAUGUUUAUCUCAUAGAUGAACCAUCAGCAUAUCUAGAUUCUGAGCAACGUCUUGUGGCUGCAAAAGUUAUAAAAAGGUUCAUACUCCAUGCUAAGAAAACUGGUUUUGUGGUUGAACACGAUUUCAUCAUGGCCACUUACUUGGCUGACAGAGUCAUUGUAUUUGAAGGAGCACCAUCGAUUGAAACUGUAGCACACAGUCCACAAAACUUAUUGGCUGGAAUGAACAGAUUCCUGGAACUUUUAGGCAUCACAUUUAGGAGAGAUCCAAAUAACUACAGACCUCGAAUCAAUAAAAACAACUCUGUGAAGGACACUGAACAAAAGCGAGCUGGUCAGUAUUUCUUCUUAGAAGAUUAGCAGCUAUACAGUAUGUUGGAAUCAGCACUACAGAUGGCAAUGGCAGAACGCUUGACUAGUACAUGCAUUGUGAACUGACUUAAUGCUUUGUAAUAUUAGUUCUGAGGGUUUGUUGGAAAGCAGAUUCUGCAGACAGAUCCAAAAAUCAUCAUCAUAACAAAGAGAGGCCAACCACUGCUGUGAAGUAACUGAAUAAUGAAAAUAUCUUCAGCCUGCUUCCUUCUUCUUCCUUCUGAAUUGCUGCUGCCUCUGAACUAUUUCUCUCUGAAUAUUUAAGUUUUGAUUGUGCGUCUUCCACAGUAUGACAAUCUUAAUUUUGUGGAGAUAUUCAGGAGAUGUAUUAGUUCUGGAAGGCAUGUCACUGUAGCGAAGUUUUCGGUGGGUGUGACGACAUCCUAUUUCCUUAUAGUAUGAAAAUAAAUAAAACCUAAAUCUACUUGUAUCCUGUAAUCAAAAUGUGCACAUGUUAAACAUGUGGUACUUCAUAACAGAUUUAUUUUGAAUAGAAGGUUCUUGAGGAAAGAGUAUAUUACAUGUAGGCAAGAUGCCAAGCUUCAAACAAUAUCCUCGAUUGUCUUUGUCCAGAAAGAAACUUUGGGAGAUAAUGAGAAUCCACAUAUGUAAAAAAUGUAGUGGUGGCUGUUGUGAAGAGAUUAGACUGGCACAAACUAUGUCACCUGCAGCAUCAGUGUAAAUGAGUGAAAUGGAGUGCAGCGAAAUACAUAAACUGUGUGUCUAUUAAUGUCAUUAAUGCACAUUCUAAAUUUCUGUAACAUUGUUGAUGACUGGGCACCAGUAAUUUGAGUGUUAAUCAAAAUCUCUCUGCCAGGCAGUACCUGGUGCUUAUUCACAAGACAGAUUUCAGUGUAAACUCGGCAUACAGGUGCUAUCAGUAUGUCAUUUGUAUCUAUUGAUCGCAAUAAUAUUGUAUUAUUAGCAAAGGAAAAGGAGAAUAUUUUUGAAAGCUUGAAAUUUUAUCAAAAUGUAAUGAAAGUUUGAUUGGAAUAAUUCACAAAGUGCACAUCUUGUGGCACAGCAGACUAUAUAUUGCCACUUCAUUCAAAUUGGCGUUAUGACGGGUUACAUUGAAUUUAUAUUGUUUUUCUGUAUUAUUCUUAGGGUGUACUGUUCAGCCACCUCGUUUUUUUUUUUAUUUUUUUGUUAAUGUUCUUUCUCGCUUACUUGCAUAGUAUUGUUCUAUUUGCGGCACCCCUUGCCACUUUGUAUUGUUUCUUUAAUCUUCACUGGUUCUUGUAUUGAAAGUAUGUUGAAUAAGUGUCUGAUUUGCUCCUCUCUUUAUAUUUUUUUGUUUAUUUAGACCUUCUCUAUCAACACUUUCAUGUUCUUUUUUCAUCUGCGUGGAAGCAUUUCACAAUUCACAAAGCACAGUUUUCUCACAUGUUUGUUAGUAAGAAGCAUGUGCAAUGUAUUAAUUAUAUAUUUCUCAUGUAAGGUAAGGAGAUUUCAAAUGAUAUCAUUUAUUUACAGUCCACUGAUCUCUCUUACUUGUCACUACCGUUAUCAACAGUUUGGUCCAUAAAGGUAUAAGUGGCACAGCUGUCUGCAGCUGUCCUUUAUACUGUCACAUUAGCAGGUUUAGAGCUUUCCAACAAGCCUUUGUCAUGUGUAAUUUACAGUCGAUCAUACCAAUGUACUAGUUUGGAAAUGAUUUCGUCAGUUGGUUAUCGAUAUAACUCUAAAACUCUUGAUGUUAAAGACUUACGGUUUAUUGCUGUAUGGUAUUAAAAUAGAGAAGAAAUGUUGAGAGAUUUGUCAGCAAGAGCCCUGGAAAAUGAUCCAGAAUAUGUGCUGUAUUAGGUUUGUAACUACUUGUGAUGUGUCUGAAUGUACGAAAUUGAACUGUUAAGAUUUUUUAAAAUACAGUGGAAUAAAGUAUUCUGUUCAUAAAAAUGUAA